AUGAGUACGUUCAGCUGGAACUACCGUGGCUUGGGUAAUCUACGGACAGUUCAGGAAGUGGUGGACAUGGUGUCUCGUAAGCAACCCGACUUUGUAUUUCUGAUGGAGACUAAGGUGGGACGCGAUCACGCUGAGCGUCUUCGUGUCAAAAUUGGCUUUGAAGGUUUGUUUUAUGUUGAUAGCAGUGGUUUGAGUGGUGGUUUAGCAUUGUUUUUGAGGAAGAAUAAUACGGCAAGGCUCCUCAGUUACUCAAAAAACUAUGUUGAUGUUGAGGUAACUAUAAUCGGUUUCCCGGUUUGGCGUAUGACGUGUUAUUAUGGGUUCCCGGAACGUAACAGGCGCACUGAAUCAUGGGACCUCUUGAGGACAUUAUCAGCCAGAUCAGAUCUUCCAUGGAUCGUUGUGGGGGAUUUCAAUGAUUUACUAUUUCAGUAUGAGAAGAGAGGGGGAAAUCCACAUCCGAAUAGCCUCCUUCGCGGUUUUGGGGAUGCUAUUGAGGACUGUGGGCUGGCCCAGCUGCCUCUGGAUGGGUAUCCGUAUACCUGGGAGAAGGGGAAGGGAACAGUUAAUUGGAUUGAGGAAAGGCUUGAUAAGGUCCUGGUAACAGAUGAGUGGCGCAAUAUGGGAGGAGUGGGGCUGGAAAGAGGGGUUUUUGUUUUGAGACGGCAUGGUUAUAUGAGGAGGGGUGUAGAGGAGUGGUUGAGCAGUCAUGGCACGAAGGAAGGGGGCAAGGUUUACAACACUAUUAUAGAUCUAAGAAAGAAACAGCAACGACUAAGGGGGUGCACUGACCCGGCCUCGCUUGCAGAGUUUCAGCGCCUAGAACAGCUUCUAAGCCGUAUUGAAGCCCAUGAGGAUGCCUACGGGAGGCAGAGGCCCACGCAACACUGGCUCAAGGAGGCCGAUGCCAACACGAAGUUCUUUCACAGGGGGGAUGUCGCGAGUUUUGUCAUAGGCUGUCUUGACUCUCGCAAUUUACCACCUGGUUUGAAUAGCACGGAUGUUGUUUUGAUCCCAAAGAAAAAGACUCCUGAACUAGUAACUAACUUGCGCCCUAUAGCUCUCAGUAAUGUGGUCUAUAGGAUUAUGGAAAAGAUGAUAACGAAUAGAAUGAAGCCGCUAAUGGAAGGAAUAAUAUCGGAGUCGCAGAGUGCCUUUAUCCCAGAUAGACUAAUAACUGAUAAUAUUUUAGUAGCAGCGGAAGUGGGUCAUUUUUUGAACAGAAAACAGUGUGGUACGGCGGGGUGGAGUGCUCUGAAGCUAGAUAUGGCAACGGCCUAUGACCGGAUGGAGUGGUCCUUCCUGAAAAGCAUGAUGUUGGCUUUGGGUUUUGAUGUUAGAUGGGUGGAGCUGAUCAUGAAAUGUCAGGCGCACAAUAAGGGGUUGAUCCAUGGUUGCAGAGUAGCAAGAGGUGCUCCCCCAAUCUCUUAUUUGUUUUUCGCUGAUGAUAGUCUUCUAUUUUUUAAAGCUAAUGUGGAGGAGGCUAAUGAGAUAAAGAGAGCCUAUCAGUCUAUGAGGAUUUAUCUGGCGAUUGAAAGGACAAUGAAUCGUUACUGGUGGGGCUCUGGAACUGAUAGGCGGAUACAUUGGAAGGCAUGGGAUAAACUGUGUGUCCCUAAGAAAUAUGGAGGAUUGGGUUUUAAGGAUUUGCGUGCUUUUAACCUAGCUAUGUUAGAGAAGCAGGCCGUACCACCCCGGAGACUUUGUCGGACCGACGCCGGUUUUAUGCACGACACAGGCAAGGCCACAGUUGGGGCAAUUCUCCUCGACAUGAAUGGAGGGUAUGUCUCGGCCUUCAGUGCGCCUCUCCCGGACUGUUUUUCACCUCUUAUCGCCGAGGCGUUGGCAUGCAAGGAAGCCUUGUCAUGGUUAAAUGAUCGAGGGGAACAGAAUAUCGAGGUAUAUACAGAUUGUUUGACGCUACAGCGCUAUCUUACUACGCCACCUACUGCGUUUCGCUCUUACGUCGGCUAUGCCAUUGACAGCUGCAGAGCAGCUCAAACUGCUCCUAUGUACUGGGAUCUUCUCCCACCUGACAUUAUUUCGGCAUAUUUCUAA